AUGGUCGAAAUUCACGCAUCCACAGCAAAACCACCCAUGCUCGGGUCGGCGACGGUCUCACAUCUGAAGGAAGGCGGAGAGAGUAACUUCCGAGCGGAGAUUGAUGGUUUUAGGGCUGAAAUUACCGAUCAAGGGCUCGAGAGAAAAUGGGAGCAGCUAUUAAACCAGCUCAAAGACAAGAAGAUGAUGAAGAAUGAGGAUAUCAAAUCUGCAAAGCAAGAGGUCAAUCAAAUAGAAUCCGAAGGAGGCGCCAAUGGCGAGAGGGCUAUUAAAUGGAACCUAAGAGAGAGAAACCACAUUCGAUUGUCGGAAGGUGAGCAGACAACAUCGACUAAGACGAGCGAUAAAAGGAAGAGAGAGGGUCAAGAAAAGAAUGAACUAAAGGGGCCAGAAUUCUCUCUAGAGCUUGAAACGGAUGAAAUUGCAGAAGACAUUUUUUCCCAGGAAAACCGCCUUCUAGGCAGAUGA